UUGAACGUGGUUGAACGCGCAAUACGGGGGCGUAAGUAACCAAGCAUAAACCCAGUACAAGCGUUCAAGUGUAAUUCGUAUUAGUCAGUUGAAACAACCAACAAUCCAAGUCAACCCAUUCCCUCAACAAAUUGAGUUGGAUUGAAGUGGUUCGUGAGAUUAAAUGCCCGUCUAGGCAACCUCCCAGGGGUGACAAUAUCAGUGUUACCAUCGGAAAUAUCAAGGUGAAAGAAAGAAAGAAAAAAAUGAUAAUUGUGUGGAGUUAGCAGUUCGCACAUCACCCCGUACUCACAGUACUCAUCGAAUUAUUUUGUUUCCCAUUGGCUCGUUUCAACCGGGAAACAAGUUCCCUCACUGAAGCCCAGAGAUCAUUAAACUGACGACAAUACCGUACAAUCACAGGAUAUUGAUAAAAAAAAAAACGCCCUCAAGUAUUAACAAACAGUCGUCCAGAGUAAUUGUGUACAUCGUGGGUGAAGCGAUAAAUACGUACAGUUACAUAUCGAUAGUGUCUGUCUAGUUCAGUUUGUGUUCUCGGUGAUGUCUGCCACUUUAAUCAUUCAUCCUCGCCGUCGUUAAGGCGGUGGUAAUCACAGUGAUAAUCUCGAUUUCAGGUGUCACCCGAGAGCCCCUGGAAUUUCGUCACACCAGUUCAGUCAUUCGUUCGGUGAUGAAAACAAGUGCUCCAUUCCCUUUAAACGUUUAUUAGCAUAACAGAAGGGGCAGUGAAUUAUUAUUUUUUACUUGUCUAUUCACCACUCCAACACGAGUGGCUCAACGCCCGGGGCUUUUGUUGCAUGCGUAGUAGUGCCAAAGAAAAUCGGAUAAUUUAUCAAGUCCUGGGGAGAGAAUUCGCUGACAUUUCAGUCUCGUGAAGAUAUUCAACCCCUGCGAUGAAAAUUGAAACGUCAGUCGACCUCACAUAGGCAGGCAAACACUGCGGACACGGGUUCUGUUUUGUUAAAAAAUGGACGGUCAUGUGCCGUAGAACAACUGCCAUGCUAGUGACGAAUCAGUCAUCGGCACCACUGGAUAAUUUGUCGAAUAUGCUGUCGGUACUUGAAGAAGAGGCAAACACCGACAUUGACGACGUGUUUCCACCGCAUGUCGAUACGUCAAAUAUAGUUAUUCAUCCAGAAUCGCCAACGACUAAGAAACAGGCAUUGAAAACAUUUGCCGAAGUCAAUGCACUGUUGCAAGCUGGUAGAAAGAGAGAAGUUAAACUUAUUAUAAGGGAAAAUGCAUGGCCGCUCAAUAAUGGCAUCAGGGCACAGCUGUGGCCAGCGCUGUGUCAACAGCACGCUCAUGGAAAGAGUAUGCUCGAUGGAUUCUAUUGGGAUAUGGUUAAUCAAGUCUUUGGAACUACAGAGCUGCCAGAUAAAUCAAUAAUGCUACCGCCAUUCGUCGAUAGCACUCAUUGCCUGUCUUAUAAUCUCACACGAAAAGGCAGAAGCGUUGCUGACAGAGUUGUCUCUGUACUCGGAUACGCCUGUCCAGACAUAACUUAUAGUCCCUCACUCUAUCCAAUUACAGCGCUUUUAUUGCACUUCAUGCCAGAAGAGGAAUGCUACCACUGCAUGGCGAGUCUCGUUGCAGCCAAGGAGAAGAUGUUUAUAACGCAGACGAAAUUGUUGUACGAGAGCACUUGGAAGACUGUUGAACAAAUAACGAAGAAGCAUGUUAAAUCAGCAGCUGUACAUCUUACGAGGCACUGUUCAGGCUCGAGGGCUGAAAGAAUCUAUAUGGAUUGGAUAUGGUGGAUCCUUCAAUUAUUACCGUUUCAGCAUCUAGUCAGAGUUAUGGACUGUUUUUUGCACGAGGGCUCCAAAGUUCUGUACCGAGUAGCAAUGGCCAUUGUUCUACUCUUUUACAAGCACUCGUCGUCGACAACGUCGGAGUGGAUGGGUGAAAUAACGAAAAAUGGAGUUGACGCGGCUCUUUCGAAAUUUUGCCGUCAAAUACCGGUGAGCCCGGCAAAAUUCUUAAGGACUGCCUUCGGUAUUCGGGGACUGAGUUCAGCUUACAUAUCAAGAGUGUUUUUGCGUACAGAAAUGUCUCUGAGAAGUCGCAGUGUCCUAACCGGCUCAAAAUCAUUGGCAAGAUCACGAUCGACUGACAAUCUACCCACGAGUCAAUCCCAGGUCAAUAUUCAGAUGAUGUCCCACACACUCACGAUUCGAGAGAAAGAGUGCGAAGACACGUACAAAGACAGGGGUGCACACAGCCCUGGACCAAGAGCUCUGUCAAUGGGCGUGUAUCCUAUACAGACUGUUAACUCGCAGAUCUUAGACGUGCCUGAUUUAUUCACACUGUGGUCGUGGCUUCCUGUGAGGAUAACGAUGUAUCAGCCUAUUUUGCUGUAUACUACGGAGGAACAUGGGUGUUCUUUGACAACGUUCUACGUUAGGGUGGAACAGCAUGAACCGACGUUGCUCAUGAUUAAGACGUGUAAUAAUGAGGUAUUUGGAGCUUACUGUUCCACGCGAUGGUGCGAAAGAAAUUUGAAAGACGAUAAAGGACAGAGACAAGCAUACUUCGGUACGGGUGAAACAUUCCUCUUCAGUUUGUACCCAGAACGUGCUAAAUAUCCGUGGGUAGGUAUGGAUUCGUCGCACAACGACUCCAGGGUUCAUCAUUCCGCUGAACUCUUCAUGGCAGCUGAUGCCAAGAUGAUCACCAUCGGUGGAGGUGACGGCCAAGCAAUUUGGAUGGACGAGAACAUCCGAUUUGGCAAAACAGAUCGUUGUUCGACUUUCAACAAUCCACCACUGUGCGCCAGUGGUGAUUUCGAGAUUAGAGUAUUGGAGGUUUACGGUUUCGCUGGGGCCUAAUUCUCUUCACGUAUAAAAAAAUGCAACUGCCAUUUAUCAACUCUCUAUAAUCUUUGUCUCGUUAUUUAUUGUUGGUGUAAUCCUCUGUUGCUUCGAUAUAUAAAUAGUAUUAUUGUGCGUGAUAUGGCUUCAAUAUGAGCGAGUAAUCACGAUUUAUUACUCAUUAAGAGUAUCAAAUAAACAGAACAAAACGAAAUGAGAAGCGAAUAAAAAAAUGCAAAAAAAUGAGGUAGAACAACUGAAUUAGCAUUAUUAGGUCCAGGAUGUUAGCUUUGUGACAAAAAAUCUGAGGAAUCUUAUGGAAAGGACUCGAUUGUUGUAUUAACAAUGAAAAUUCAUUUGAAGUGUGACAAAUUCUUGGAGAAAGCAAAUGUUCUAGCCCUAAUCAUUGAAAGGAAAUAUUAAAAUAAAACAUGUUCAAUUACCCAGUGAAAUUGAAUUGUUACGUAAUUACGCUUUCUUCGUUGUAGCUGUAAAGAACAUUUAUAAUUUGUAAUUCAGUGUCGAUUUAUAAUUUUUUUUUUCAUUCUCAUGGUGCAUAUGCCUAACGUUAUGGGUAAUAAGGCUGUCAGUUAAGAAAAAAUGACAAAUGAUUGACAAGAUUUUCAGCAAUGAGAGAACGGAAAAUCAGUGAGACUCGUGAGACUAUUAAUGAUAUAGAGGUAAUUGAUUAAGCGAAUGCGCCUAGUCCUAUCGGUAUGCAUUGUAAUGACUUUUAUGUUCAAUAUUUUUUUUCUCUAAUUUAGGAAUUACUGUUGCCAAUUUGUUUAUUCGAGAAUACAACGUUGGAGCCGGCUCCUCCAGAUGACAGAUUUUUUUUCUUUCUUCAUUAUUAUUGAGGGUUUGUCAGUUGAUUGAUGAAAGAUAUAAACCGAAUAAUUUUGACAAUAAUAUAAAACUAAUUGAAAUGAAAAAUCUCUUACGGUAGAGCAAUUUUUUUUGGCAUUAAAUUUCCACAGUUUUCGAUAAUCAAGGCUCGGUCGCACCAAUCUGUAGACUAAUUUUUAUUAUACAUUCAAGACUGGGAAGAAAAACAUGUUCUCAGAUGAGUCUUGUUUAAAUAUUACUAAGAAUAAAUAGAAUAACGAAGCGGUAAAAUAAUUUAAGUCGAUUUAGCAGAGUUUUUGAGGAAUAUCUCCAAAUCUAAGG